GGCAACUGGCUCUUUUUAUUGUCUUAGGUUAUUAAACAUUAACUGAAAAUAUACUUAUUAUAGCCUAUUCCGAAAGCCACAAACUUCUAAUUCUAAACGAACAAAAUCAUCAAAUAUGGACAACGUACUUGUAUUGUACAAACAGUUGAAAGCAGAAUGGUUGAAAAGUCCUAUCAAUCUAAAGUUGUGCGGAUCACUUCUUGAUAAACUAAAGAUUGCUCUUACUCAAUUGUGCUAUUUGCCAAGUAACAGUCCAGCAUCUCAACAAGAGUUGCUGAUCGCACGAGAUGUUCUCGAAAUCGGUGUCGAGUAUAGUGUAGCUACAAAGAACAUUCUUUCAUUUGAAAGAUAUAUUUCUCAACUUAAAUGCUAUUACUACGAUUACAAGAAUGAAAUUGGGGAAUCUAAAAAUAAAUACCAACUGCUUGGACUGAAUCUGCUGUUCCUCUUAUCGCAGAACCGAGUGGCCGAGUUUCACACCGAACUGGAACUGCUUCCGGCAGACAUCAUUCAAGCAAAUGAAUACAUUAGGCACCCGUUGGCUUUGGAGCAAUAUUUCAUGGAAGGAAGGUACAACAAAAUAUUCUUGGCCAAGGGAAAUGCUCCGGCCGAGAGUUAUAAUUUCUUCAUCGAUAUUCUGUUGCAAACGGUGCGUGAUGAAAUUGGUGCUUGUCUUGAGAGUUCGUACGAGAAAAUUUCGCUCCAAGAGGCUGCCAAGCGGCUAAAUCUCAAAAGCAAGGAGGAAGUCAAGCAGUUUGGAGAGAAAAAAGGAUGGAGGCUAAACUCGGAUGGGUUCUACCAUUUUGUUAGCGAACUCGUCAAACCGAAGGAACCUAUUCCAUCGAGGGAAUUGGCCGAACAAGCCAUUUUUUACGCACGUGAACUAGAGAUGAUUGUCUAAGGGUUCUUCUUUCGAGCAUAAAUCUUCUUCAUGUGAGCAAUUUCGUUUAGAAGCGAUUUUUGUAUUCAAAUAAAACAGAUUGAUCGUAAACAAAUAAAGGACACACUAAUUGAUACAGAAUACUAACUGCGUAAUUU